CACUAACUUAUGCAAACUCCUCUUCGCACUAACGCUCCUUCAUGCUCUUCCUUGCUCGUGACCUUUUGUGGUCCGGUCCCGCCUGAUCGAAAUUUAUUACCCACGCGCCCUUAUCUAUUGAUGACUUGAAACCUGCACUAGUAACACUGUCAUAACAAACCGAAAAUGGAUGAUGUACAGGCUGUAGAUGUGGGCAUUAUCAUCCCUGAAAAUGAUAGUAGGGAUGAAAGAAAAGGUGAUGAUGAUUCAACGAGCCACCAUGAAGAUACUAAGGCUGUGAUGAAUGAUGCUCAUCACAAUAACGAUGAUGAAGAUGAGGGAAAUGAGGGCUCUGAAGGAGAUGGGGAGAAAGAAAAAAUGCUUCCUUCCCCAGAAAAGAAAGCUAAACGAACAUCUCCUAUGACAAACGCCAACUGCUUUUCAAAAUAUGUCACGUUAUGGUGGCUCAGUCCAUUACUUUCACUGGGAGCCAAGAGGCCAAUAACAGAUGAUGACUUAUUUAAGCUCAGACCAGAAGAAUCUUCAGAUCACUUAGGGGACUUAUUACAAAGAGAAUGGAACAAGGAGAUGUACAACGCUGAGAAAUCCUCCAAGAAGCCAAGUCUUACUAAAGCUAUUUGGAGAACAUUUGGCUUUAGAUACACACUUCUUGGAAUUUUUGCAAUUAUCACUGAUGCACUACGAAUCAUUCAGCCUCUAUUUCUUGGUUAUUUAGUCAACUUCUUUGCCAUUGGAUCAGAGAUGACUCAGAGAGAUGCAUUCUUGUUUGCCUUUGGUGUUGCUGUUUGCAGUUUCUUGAACAGUUUUCUUAUUACCCCUUUCACCUACUUGCGCCAGCUGUUUGGCAUGCGAGUCAGAAUUAGUUGUACUGCACUUGUUUAUAAUAAGGUGCUGAAACUCAGCCAUUCAGCCAUUGCCAAGACAACAACAGGGACAAUUGUCAACUUGGUGUCAACAGAUACCCAAAAGUUUGACUGGGCAUCAUUCUUCUUGCACUACAUCAUACUGGGUCCUAUUGAAGCACUAGUAGUGUUAGUGUUGCUGUGGCGAGAGAUUGGUGCCGCCUCCAUGGCCGGCAUGGGUGUCAUUUUGCUCAUUGUGCCCAUGCAGAUGAAGAUGGGAGCUGUUCUUAUGAAGCUCAGGCGUGGAGCAGCUGCCUGGACAGAUCAGAGGGUCAAAGUAAUGAAUGAGAUCAUCAGUGGUAUGAGCAUCAUCAAAAUGUAUACCUGGGAGAUCCCUUUUGCAAAACGCAUUGCAGAAAUAAGACAGAAAGAACUGGGCUGGUUUUUAAAGCUUGCAUCUGUCCGUGGGGUCUUCAUGGCCUUCUUCUUCAGUUCUGCUGCUCUUAUUUCAUAUUUUACCUUCCUGACCUAUGUGCUGACGGGUAACCCGCUGUCUGCACAGAAAGUCUUCACAGUCGUCUCACUAUUCAACUCAGUCAGGAUAUGCAUGACUCUCUUCUUUCCUAUCGGAAUCACACUCAUGAAUGAAGGCAGAGUCUCUAUUGAGAGGAUUGAGAAAAUACUCACCCUUGAUGAACACCAUUCGCAAGGCUUGGUUACUUCAAAGCUCCGCCCCAAACCAGAGCAAUGUGGGAUUGUUGCAGAUAAUGUCACAGCCAUGUGGUCAGAGGAUGUGGCGAAACCUACACUUGACAACAUCACCUUCGACAUUACUCAGGGUGAGCUCCUUGCCAUUGUUGGUCCUGUUGGCGCUGGAAAGUCCUCGUUGUUGAUGGCAAUACUUGGGGAGCUGCCAUUCACAGAGGGCACAAUUACCGUCAAGGGUAAGAUCGCCUACUCUUCCCAGCAACCCUGGAUCUAUAACGGCUCCCUGCGCAACAACAUCAUCUUUGGUAAUGAGUUCAACGAGGCACGCUACAAUGAUGUCAUCAAGGCAUGCGCACUAGAGAGGGACAUUACCCUUCUCGCUGAUGGUGACAUGACGCUUGUGGGUGAGCGGGGUGUGGCUCUAAGUGGUGGACAAAAGGCACGAGUUACACUUGCAAGAGCUGUGUAUUCAGAUGCUGAUAUCUACUUGUUGGAUGACCCUCUCAGUGCAGUUGACGCUCAUGUAGGACGACAUCUGUUCAAUGAGUGUAUCUGUGGUUAUCUGAAGGAUAAACCACGUGUCCUGGUCACCCACCAGACACAGUACCUGAAGGAUGCAGACCAGCUGAUGGCUCUACAAGAGGGAAAGUGCAUUGCUAGCGGCACCUAUCAGGACCUUUGCCAGGCUGGCAUUGACUUCAUGACUCUUUGCGAAGAACCACAAGAGGAAGACUCGGCUAUUGAAGACAGUGAGUCUGAACCAGAAGUGGAUGCAACGCCUGAAUUCAAGCGCCAGUUCAGUCGUCAGCUGAGCAUAAGUAGACAGUUCAGCCGACAAGAUAGUAUCACCCCUGCCCCCAAGCCUAUUGAUAAUAUGACAUCAUCAUCCUGUCACCUUGACCACCGAUUGUCCCGGAUGCUGGAAAGCACAGCAUCAAUGGCAUCGGCAGAAGUAGAUGUCUAUGAAGAAAACCUUGUCCCUAAAGAGACAAAGCAGGAAGGCGCAGUUACAGGGCGGACAUACUUAGAGUACUUCAAGGCACUUCACAGCCUGUGGGCAUCCAUGGCUGUCAUCUUUUUAUUCAUGGUUACGCAGGUUGUUUACAUGUUGGCCGAUUGGUGGCUGUCGGCUUGGUGUAACCAUGAGGAACAGUACAGCCAAGCUCUCCUGGCAUCCCGGAACAGCUCAAACUCCACAGGGCCCCCGCCACAGGAGCUCAACCAGGACAUGUACCUAGCCGUAUACUCAGUGCUCGCCCUCGGGCUCAUAAUACUUGCCAUGACUCGUAUCCAGCUCUUCUUCAAGCUCACCAUGGUCGGGUCACGUGUCCUGCAUUCUCGGAUGUUUGAUGCCCUUAUUAGGGCACCGUCAUAUUUCUUUGAUACGAACUCUAUAGGUCGUAUUUUGAAUCGCUUCUCGAAAGACAUGAGUUUUGUGGAUGACAUGAUGCCCUUUAUUGUCUGCGACUUUACACAGACCUCCAUCAUGGUGUUGGGUAUCCUGUGCCUCGUGGCCGUUAAUAACCCGGUGACGUUCGCUGUUGUCGUUCCCAUCGUUAUCCUGUUUUGGUACCUGAGGACAUACUACAUGAAGACCGCGCGUGAGGUCAAACGCAUUGAGGGGAUCAACCGCAGCCCCAUAUUUGGACAUUUCUCUACCACCCUUCUCGGCCUGGACACGAUCCGCGCGUUUGGCGUGGAAGAGACGUUCAUUGACCAGAUGAAUGGGUACCAAGACUCGCACACACGCGCCUGGGUGACCUUUAUCUCGUCCUCCGCAUGGCUCGGAUUCAGACUCGAUCUUCUUUGUGUCACUUUCAUCAGCUUUGUUGCACUCAUCUCGCCCGCACUCAAAGGCACUCUCAGUGCAGGCGUAGUGGGUCUUACCCUCUCGUACGCCAUCAUGAUCUCUGGUGUGUUCCAGCAAUGCGUCAAACAGAGUGCAGAGGUGGAGAACCUGAUGACAUCUGUAGAGCGAAUCUUAGAGUACACCGACCUUGAACCAGAGGCGGCUCCCGAGACAGACCUGAAACCGGACAAAAAGUGGCCGGACAAGGGUCAGAUCACAUUCGAAAAUAUGUCGUUCACUUAUCACAAGUCCCUACCGCGUGUACUACAUAACAUUUCACUGUGCAUCAAGCCGAGAGAAAAGAUUGGCGUUGUUGGCCGUACAGGAGCCGGUAAGUCGUCUCUUCUUUCCACUCUCUUUCGUCUUGCUGAACCCAUAGGGCUGAUCGAGAUUGACGGAAUGGACAUCAGGCAACUGGGGCUGAGGGAUCUCCGGGGCAAGCUCUCCAUCAUUCCGCAGGAGCCUGUGAUAUUCAGCGGUACUAUGCGAAAAAAUAUCGACCCAUUUGAUGAGUACUCUGAGAAUUCUCUGUGGACCGCGCUGGAAGAGGUGCAACUGAAGCAUGUUGUGGAGGAUCUCCCGGGCAAACUAGACGCGGAACUUGCCGAGGGUGGCUCAAACUUCAGCGUGGGUCAGCGGCAACUCGUCUGCUUGGCACGCGCGAUACUGAGGCACAGUAAAAUCCUGGUGAUUGACGAAGCCACAGCCAAUGUCGACCCAAGAACGGAUGCGUUAAUUCAGACGACCAUUCGUGACAAGUUCAAGAAGUGUACGGUGCUGACCAUCGCCCAUCGUCUCCACACCAUUAUGGAUUCAGACCGUGUUAUCGUACUGGAUGCUGGCAAAGUGAAAGAAUUUGACGCCCCUUACCUCCUACUCAAAGAGGAGAACAGUGUUUUCUCGGCCCUGGUCAACCAGACUGGGCGUGACGAGUCACGGGUGCUGUUUGAGGUCGCAAGGGAAGCAUACUACAGUCAUAAGCCAAUACCCGAGAGUGAAGAGGAGGAGGAGGCGGAGGAAGAGAUUGUAAAAAGAGAAGUGAUAGGCAAUGAUAAGAAAGCAGGAGAGAAGAACAAGGAUGAUGGUGGGAAUAAAUCAGGGGAAGAAGUGAAGGCCGAGCAGGAUGCAGAGACAGGAGCAGGGAAGGAGGAGGAGGGAGAGAAGGAUAAUGAAGACAAGGAUAGUGAAGAUGGAGACAAAGCAGUAGACUCCGAAGGUAAGAGUCCUAAUAAGGAAGAUAGUAAGAUGCCAGCAGUAGAAGUUGUUGCUCCCAAUGCGAAUACAACAAACGAUUUACAGUUUGAAUCUCACAUUUAGGACAUUUUGUUUUUAAACAUAAUUUCACUUUCCAAGUGUUGAUGCAUAUUAAUGUUGGUAUGGAAAUGCAAUAAGUAUUUAUUUUAUGUCGAUUUUAGAUUCCCUUGAGUGCAUUAUUUACAUAAAUUUAUUAUGAAUAUAGUAGAUUAUAAAAUAGAAAUAUAGAAUAAUAAAUAUGAUCAUAGUUGAUUGAUUAUAUAUAUCUAGAAAGAAAUGAUUCUAUAUUUUGUGGUAAUUUUUAAAACCAAAAUGGAGCAUGUAACUAUUAAUAUUCUAUAUUGAUAUACUGAGUUGAAUGUGUUGAUAUUCAUAAUAACAUUUUUAUUAAAAUGUACAAAAAUU